AUGGCUGCCCUUAAAGACGGUGAGAUGCAGGCAACCGAGGAAAAUGAUCAACCCACUACUCAGGCCCUUGAGGCGACAACUGGAUCGGGGACUGAGCAACAGCCAACAUCCGACGACACCUCUGCGGAAAUGCCCCCAAACAAGCCACGGCCCAACCCCACCCGGCUCGGCCAGAAGGAGAACGUCAGACCUCCCCGCUCCAAGAAAGCGGGUCGGAACCGAGACAAGCGUGGUACUGCUCCGAGUGCCGCCGAUGCUCCUAGACAGGGAGAGACCCAUGCCGCCCCACGACUUCAGGAGCUGAAGAAAGAGGCUCUGGUGCACUUCAAAAAGUGGCAAACGGCCGUCCACCGGAGGGUCGGCGAGAUUUCGGUCAAGAAAGGUCCGGAUUUCCAGAGCAGCCCUGCAUCUGCUGGCUCUAAAAAGCGCCCCGCCUCUAACAAGAGAGGCAAAGCAGCCGUACCCAAGUCUCCGGUCACGCCAUCAAUUAGUCUGGAACCCGACCCUGUGCUGACGCAGCUUUACCCGCCCACUGCAACCACGCUCUCCUCAUCGCCCGUGGAGAAGAGGUGCCUGUUACUUCACGCACUACUCCUUCUACUGCUCUCCAUUGAAAACUAUGGCGCUUAUACCCGGGUCCUGCUCCAGAACAUGGCCUCGGCUCUUCAACUGCCUCUUCGUGUCCUAGCCGAAGAUGAGGUUAGAGUGUGUGAUGCCUUGGCCCAGAUCGCCAAGGGUAUCCCGCCUGAGUUUCUGGUCCCGAAGAAAAGUGAGGAUGGCAAGCCCAUUAGACGAUGGAAGGCUGGGUUGGCGGGUACCCUUGCCGGUGCCAUCCCUGGGGCUGGUGGUCUCUCGGCAGCGCUCGAAGCAGCGCGUAUUGGGUCCGUUUUUGGGAUUUCCGGGAUCCCAUGCGCGGCCGCAGCAGGUCUUCUUGGUAUUAUGGGCGAAAAUAGCCUAGCUGUGGGCGCGUUGUUCGGCAUGUAUGGCAGCCGGAACACCGGAAAGAUGAUGGAGCACUACCUCAAGGAUGUCGGCGACUUCGCCUUCCUGCCGCUUCGGGGCUCGCCCAGCCAGCGUUUGGAGAUGGGCAAGAUCGACCCGGAGAGCCGUCGGCUCCGAGUUGUCUUGGGCAUCAGCGGGUGGAUGAUGAACAGGGAUGACGCCGUCAGUCCCUGGCAAUGCCUGGGGGAGCAGAGCGAGGUGUAUGCCAUUCGAUGGGAGCUUGACGCGUUAUGCAAGCUGGGCGCGUCGUUCGAUACGCUUGUACGGAGCGCUGCGUGGUCCGUGGCCAAGAAGGAGAUCGUUGCUCGGACCAGUGAGCACCGUUCCAGGCCCCCCAAUCGCUCUGCAAUGGUGGCUAACCCGCAGGGGCCAGUUUUCUCCAACCUGGCCGACGGUCGAUGGCCCGCCAGCCUCCUCAAAAUUAGCAAGAUCAUUGAUAACAACUGGAAUAACGGCAUGGUUCGCGCCGACAAACUCGGAUCCACCCUAGCCGACGUUAUCAUAAGCAAGGCCCAAGGUGAGCGUGGUGUUUCGCUGAUCGGCUACAGUUUAGGGGCCCGAGCCAUCUAUGCCUGCUUGAUGUGUCUGGCCGAGAAGCGUGCUUUCGGGCUCGUCGAAAACGCCAUCCUGAUCGGGACUCCCGCGCCUUCUGACCCUAUGGCGUGGUGUGCCAUGAAGAGCGUGGUAUCGGGCCGCCUAGUCAACGUGUACUCAGAGAAUGACUACAUACUGGGAUUCCUUUACAGGACCAGCAGCAUCGAGUUCGGGCUCGCCGGGUUGCAGCGCGUCACCGGGGUUGACGGAAUCGAGAACGUGGAUGUUACUGCUAAGGUCAGUAUCCACCCGAGAUACCAAUACCUCGUGGGCAGUAUCCUGCGGCACAUCGGCUGGGAAGACACGGACACGACACAGAUCACCCGGAACGAGGCCGAGAUGUCGUUUUAUGAGGACCGUAACCGCAAGCACGAGGAGCGGCGGGACGCGGUCGAGCUGGGCAAGGUGGAGGCCAAGAAAGAAAACGAGCAGGGGAUUAUCCGGACCAGGAUGCGCAAGAAGAAUAAGAAAUGA